CAAUCACGGCGACAAGGGGGAGGGUACAAAGGGGGUUAAAGGUCGGACGGAAGUCUCGAAGCUUCCGGUGGCCCUCUCCAGUGCGAACUAUGGCUAAACAUCAUCCGGACUUGAUCUUUUGCCGCAAGCAGGCUGGUGUUGCCAUCGGAAGACUGUGUGAAAAAUGUGAUGGCAAGUGUGUGAUCUGUGAUUCCUACGUGCGUCCCUGCACCCUGGUGCGCAUAUGUGAUGAGUGUAACUAUGGCUCCUAUCAGGGGCGCUGUGUGAUCUGUGGAGGCCCCGGAGUCUCCGAUGCCUAUUAUUGUAAGGAGUGCACCAUCCAGGAGAAGGAUGCAUACCCAACAAAAGCCUUCCAGGUCCAGUGCUCACAUCCUCACCUCUCACUUUGGGAACAACCACGAGACCCGUGGGAGAUGCAUAGAAAGUGAAAAACGGGAGGAUGGGCAAGAAAACAGGAAACCUGUGAGUCAGAGAAAACGCUAUAAAAGCCGAAGAUCUAAUAAUCCAAUGCAUUGGCCGUCUAACUUUUUUUUAAAUAUGUAGAGUCCUAUUUUCAAAGAAAUAUUUUAUGCAGAACCUGUGCGUCUGUUUAUAUCAUUAUGAAAUUGCUGAUAUUUGCUUUUGGCAAUUUCUUAUAACAUUAAAAACUAAUUAUAUGCCUGGCACUGUUCUAAAUAUAUUUAUUGAUUCUUAAUUCUAGGGGGUAGAAUCUGUCAUUGUAAUAAUAAUUUUACAUGUGACUAAAAAGAGACACAGAGAUUAAUAACUUAUCAAAAUUCAGGCAGCCUAGCUUCCAGAGCCUGCUAACCUAAACUGCCAGUGAGAACAUAUUGGGGGUGGCACCUCUCAGGACUCUCUAGGGCUCUAUAUAUAGUUUGUAAACAUUGACCAGUCCCUUUAUUUUACAGUUGAGGAAUAUGCGUCCGAAGGGGAGUGCCUUGCCCACAGGCUAUCAUCAUACCAUAGGAUUUCGUAGCAUCUCUAAAGGUCUUAGGGCAUGUUGUGUUUAAUAUCAGGCUACCUUGGGCCACGAAGAGGCAGCCGUUUCCUCAUUUGUACCAGGACUUUGAAUACAGAUUAUAUGGCUAGAGUUCACCUAGCAAGCCAUUAUUAGGGCUGGGCCCACAUCCUGGUUCCCUGAGCACGUCAGACUCCACAGAUGGUAGUUCCCAGUGUAAUACAUGGUAUAUGUUUUCUAGAAAAAAAAAUGUUGCGUUGACUUUGUACGUUUUCAGAGAUUCUUGUACAGUGUUCAUAUCAGUCCCUGAGAAGAGAAAUCAGCUGAAUUAGAAAUGAGAUAAUCUUAAAGGAUUGAUGAAUUCAUUCUACGGCCCAACAGCACAGGAAGCAACCUCCUUUGACAUGGAUGUUUAAUAAAAUCAUCAGACCUGUGAAGGUUUUUUCCAGUAGCAACCCCAGUUUUCUUCCCAUCAUCCCAGAUCAACUGAUAGAGUCAUCUUUUCUGAAGAACACAGCUUCCCAGAGGCUUCACUGAAACCAUUCAAGCUCACAAAAUGGCCAGGGAGCAUGUCAUUGCAAAUCAGAGUAUGGACCAUCAGCAGCCAUCUCUAGCAUAGGAACACACUUGCCCCCAAGACCAUGUGUCACAUUAAGCAAACUAAUAAGGGCACAUCAAACCCAAUAUUCUGUGGUAUUUAAAAUGUAAGGUGCUGUUUCCUAAAGUGUUUAGGUUCUCCCCUUUUCUUGGGAUAGUGGAGGAGAGCCAGAGAGCUGAUCUGUAGAUGAUUAUUACCAUUUCUUACCUUUCCCUUGAAGAAAACGCUUAGUACAUCUUAAGAGUUUUAGAUUCUACCUCAACUAUAUCAUGUUAGCAACAAAAGUGGGCUGAGAAUCCAGCAUUGUCUGUGCAGGCCACUGGAUUGAAGGUAGACACACCCUGGCUAUGUUCUAGGUGCUUAGUAAGUUCUUAACAAUUGAUCAAAUAGAAUAACUAAACUGGUAGGAUGCAUGGCUAGACCAUUAAUCCAAAAGUUCUUUUUAUCUUCAAUCCCUCUCAAUUCAUGCUUAAAGAUGACA